AUGUUGGUUUUCUCUUCGGUUAGGGCUGUCAAGGUUAGGGAUUUCGCUGUGGCUCUGAGGCAAUUCCGUCGCGUCUUCCCCAUCGUCAGGUGGUGGUUUGGGCGGAGGUUUUUGGCUGUCAUUGGGCUCGCCUCCAAUGUGGUUCCUCCUUCCACCGUCGAUGUGUGUUCUGUUUCUGGUGUUGGUUCAGCGGUUCUUGAAGAGUUCAAAUUAUUGACGAUGAUGACUUCAUUUUUAGUCUUGGUGGUGUCUUGGGUUCAAAUAGAGGCGGCGGAUCUUACUUGGCGACCAUUUACCUUUCGUGGGAGAUAUUUCUCGCAGUUUUUCAAGCUCGGGAUUGGCGGCUAAAGGCGGCUUCUCUAGC